GGUUGGAAGUUUGCAUCGCUUUCUUCGCUGAGGAGAACAGCAGCAUGGUGUGUAUGUCACCUAAGGCACCUGUGGCCAGCAACCUUGCCCCUGCAGGCACCAGACCGGCAUGGAUGAGGAAAGAGCAGCCUCACACUCAAAAGCAAUUUGUUUUUGAAAAGCCAUCAGAGGUGGAGCGCAAAGUUCCUGAGGCAGGUGUGAUAGACAAGCCUGGUGUGUAUGAGCUCAGCAAAGUACCAACUGGCAUUUCUAGGAUUCAUUUGAUUCCUGGCUUUAUUGACUCAGAACAAGCAGACUGGAUGUUUGAACAGCUCCUCCAAGACAUACCCUGGGGUCAGCGAACUCAUAUCAGACAGGAAGUAUCUUUUGAGGAACCAAGGCUUACCUCCUGGUAUGGGGAACUUCCUUACACGUACUCCAGGAUAACAAUGCACCCAAACCCACAUUGGCAUCCUCUGCUGACCAUGCUAAAGGAGCGCAUUGAAGAGUUCACUGGCUACACCUUCAACUCUCUUCUCUGCAACCUCUACCGAAAUGAGAAGGAUAGCGUAGACUGGCACAGUGACGAUGAACCAUCACUGGGAAAAAAUCCUGUCAUUGCCUCGCUCAGCUUUGGUGCUACACGGACCUUUGAGAUGAGGAAGAAACCCUCCCCUGAAGAGAACGGAGACUAUACUUACGUAGAAAAACUAAGAAUCCCACUUGAUCACGGGACUCUGCUGAUGAUGGAAGGAGCUACCCAGGAGGAUUGGCAGCAUCGAGUGCCUAAGGAAUAUCAUUCUAGAGAUGCACGGAUAAACUUGACCUUUAGGAUCAUUUAUCCAGAACCUGAUGGAGUUUGGAAGUGAAGAGACACUUUGGGCAUUGUUGGAUAUAAACCUACAGCAGAUCCAGAGCCUCCAAUUGCUACAGAUUUAAAGGAAGCCUUACAGGAACAGAGUUCUGUGAAAUAUCUGAUGGGGAAAAGAAUCAAUAUUAUGAAGAUCUUUGACAAUCAGAAGCUGCCUGUAUUACGUGGACAGUGCUGUUUUGUUUUCAGAAAUGAUAUGCUAUUAGAUGAUACUAAAUCACAGGCUUUAAGUUUGUGAAAAAACAAUGAUCAUUCUUAAAAGAACACGAAGCACAUGAAAGAUCUGAGAGGUACGGACUGGAGCAGAAAGAUUCAGUAAGCAGUUAUUUUUGCACCUUCUCUUGUCUCCCCUUUCCCCCCAAGUAGUGAUCUAUGUCCUAAGUAACGACAAGACAGGAUUCUUUUACAUAAAGCCAGCUGUAUGUGUGCUGUGUGUACAGAAAUGAGGAAGCUGCACUUCAUGAUGAUCUCCGAGUAUUACUCAUUUCACCAAGGGGUAGUGCAUUGCUUUUUAUUUGUAGGUUGCAAAGUCUUUUCCAAUGAAGCAAUCAGUUUCCUUAUUUAUAUAACUACUUGAAUUAUACUAGUGUCUAGUAGAACAGAGGGUCAAGGCUCCCUUCUGCUAUGCACUUGUGUGGUCAGACUUUAUCCUAACUGUUUAUCCAUGUAGACAAGACAGACAAAGGCAAGCAACAGAGA